GCGGCGGGGUAAGGAGCCGGGCACGGCGGCCACCGCUUCUCGCUCCCCCCCCCCCCUCCCCGCUCCAUUUUCCCUUCCCCGGGGGCUGGGGGGGCGCCGGCUCGGACCGAGCGCUUGAGGAGGAAGAGGAGGAGGAGGAGGAGCGGGGGGGGAAGGAAGAAGGAGGCGACGAGGGCUCCCCCCUUCCCAUCCCCCUCGCCCCUCCGCGGGGCUGCUCCCCUCCCCCCUUCCCCGUGGCCGCCGUCGCAAAUUAAAUUAAAUUUGCCCCACAGCGAGGGGGGGGGUGACCUUGGUAUUUUUGGAAGCGGGGGGGGGGGGCGGGUGCGCUGUGCUCCGGCUUUGGGGUUUGGGGGGGUCAUCCCGUUCCUGCUCUCUCCCCCCCUUUUUUUUUUCCUCCCGCUCAGCCCCGGUGGCUCCUGGAGGUUGGGGGGGGAGGCUGGAGGCUGCCCCCUCCCUGCCCCUCGCUCGCAGCCGGCCUUGUCCCCUCCCGGGCUGCACCCCGGGUUUGGCAGAGGGGACCCCCCCCUUAUUUCCUUGCCUCCGAGCUGAUCCUCAGCCCCGGGGAGGGAGGUGGAGGCCGGCAGGACCUCGGCUCGUUUUAAAAUUGUGAAAUCAUGGCUCAUUCAAAGACGAGAGCCAACGAUGGAAAAAUCACAUAUCCUCCAGGAGUCAAAGAAAUCUCUGAUAAAAUAUCUAAAGAAGAGAUGGUGAGAAGACUAAAGAUGGUUGUGAAAACUUUCAUGGACAUGGACCAGGACUCUGAAGAAGAAAAGGAGCUCUAUCUAAAUCUUGCUUUACACCUUGCUUCAGAUUUUUUCCUCAAGCAUCCUGAUAAAGAUGUACGUUUGCUGGUAGCUUGUUGUCUUGCGGAUAUUUUCAGAAUUUAUGCCCCUGAAGCUCCAUACACUUCACCAGAUAAACUAAAGGAUAUAUUUAUGUUCAUAACAAGGCAACUUAAGGGUUUAGAAGAUACAAAAAGCCCCCAGUUCAAUCGAUAUUUUUAUUUACUCGAGAACAUUGCUUGGGUGAAGUCUUAUAACAUAUGCUUUGAAUUAGAAGACAGCAAUGAGAUUUUUACACAACUGUACAGAACACUGUUUUCAGUAAUAAACAACGGUCAUAACCAAAAAGUACACAUGCACAUGGUUGAUCUCAUGAGCUCUAUCAUUUGUGAGGGAGAUACUGUGUCACAGGAACUUUUGGAUACAGUGUUAGUUAAUCUGGUGCCUGCACAUAAGAAUUUAAACAAGCAAGCCUAUGAUUUGGCAAAGGCUUUACUGAAGAGGACAGCACAAGCAAUUGAACCAUACAUUACUAAUUUCUUCAAUCAGGUUCUUAUGCUUGGGAAAACAUCAAUUAGUGACCUGUCAGAGCAUGUGUUUGACCUUAUUCUGGAGCUAUACAAUAUCGACAGUCACCUCUUGCUUUCUGUUCUACCCCAGCUUGAAUUCAAACUUAAGAGCAAUGACAAUGAAGAACGCCUCCAGGUUGUAAAACUUCUAGCAAAAAUGUUUGGGGCAAAGGAUUCCGAGUUGGCAUCUCAGAACAAACCGCUCUGGCAGUGCUACCUGGGGAGGUUUAAUGAUAUCCAUGUACCCAUUCGUCUUGAAUGUGUGAAAUUUGCAAGUCACUGCCUUAUGAACCAUCCUGACCUAGCAAAAGACUUAACAGAAUAUCUUAAAGUAAGGUCACAUGAUCCUGAAGAGGCAAUAAGGCAUGAUGUUAUAGUAUCCAUAGUUACUGCUGCUAAAAAAGAUCUUCUGCUUGUCAAUGAUCACCUGCUUAAUUUUGUCAGAGAACGAACACUGGACAAGCGGUGGAGAGUGAGGAAAGAAGCUAUGAUGGGACUUGCACAGAUAUACAAGAAAUACUCAUUACAGUCAGAAGCAGGAAAAGAAGCUGCAAAACAGAUAUCAUGGAUAAAAGAUAAACUUCUGCAUAUAUAUUAUCAGAACAGUAUUGAUGAUCGGUUACUUGUUGAACGCAUCUUUGCUCAGUACAUGGUCCCUCACAACUUGGAAACAAAUGAACGAAUGAAAUGUUUGUAUUACCUUUAUGCAACACUGGAUUCAAAUGCUGUGAAAGCAUUGAAUGAAAUGUGGAAAUGUCAGAAUCUGUUACGACAUCAAGUAAAGGAUUUAGUUGACCUAAUAAAACAACCAAAAACAGAUGCCAGCAGUAAGGCUAUAUUCUCAAAAGUGAUGGUAAUAACAAGAAACCUUCCUGAUCCAGGGAAAGCUCAAGAUUUCAUGAAGAAAUUCACACAAGUUCUAGAAGAUGAUGAAAAAAUAAGGAGUCAGUUAGAAAUGCUUGUUAGCCCAACAUGUUCGUGCAAACAGGCUGAGGGAUGUGUGAGGGAAAUUACAAAGAAGUUGGGCAACCCAAAACAACCAACAAAUCCUUUCCUGGAAAUGAUAAAGUUUCUUCUUGAGAGAAUUGCUCCUGUGCACAUUGAUACUGAAUCCAUCAGUGCCCUUAUCAAGCAAGUAAACAAAUCUAUAGAUGGAACAGCUGAUGAUGAAGAUGAGGGUGUACCUACUGACCAGGCAAUCAGAGCAGGUCUUGAAUUGCUUAAGGUACUUUCAUUUACACACCCUAUCUCGUUUCAUUCAGCUGAAACUUUUGAAUCUCUCUUGGCUUGCUUGAAAAUGGAUGAUGAAAAAGUGGCAGAAGCUGCGUUACAAAUUUUCAAAAACACAGGAGGCAAAAUUGAAGAAGACUUUCCUCAUAUAAGAUCUGCUUUGCUUCCAGUGUUGCAUCAUAAAGCUAAAAAAGGACCUCCUCGUCAAGCCAAGUAUGCUAUUCACUGCAUCCAUGCAAUAUUUUCCAGCAAAGAAACGCAGUUUGCACAGAUAUUUGAGCCACUGCAUAAAAGUCUGGAUCCAAGCAAUUUUGAGCAUCUCAUUACGCCGUUGGUUACUAUUGGCCAUAUAGCCAUGCUAGCACCUGAUCAGUUUGCUGCUCCUUUGAAAUCUUUGGUUGCCACUUUUAUUGUUAAAGAUUUGCUAAUGAAUGAUAGGCUUCCAGGAAAAAAGACAACAAAACUUUGGGUCCCAGAUGAAGAAGUGUCUCCUGAAACUCUUGUCAAAAUUCAGGCCAUCAAGAUGAUGGUUCGAUGGUUGCUAGGAAUGAAGAACAACCACAGUAAAUCAGGAACUUCUACUCUAAGGUUGCUAACAACAAUCUUACAUAGUGACGGAGAUUUGACAGAGCAGGGGAAAAUUAGCAAACCUGAUAUGUCUCGGUUGAGGUUGGCUGCAGGGAGUGCUAUUGUGAAGUUGGCACAAGAACCUUGUUACCAUGAAAUCAUCACCUUAGAACAGUACCAGCUGUGUGCACUAGCCAUAAAUGAUGAAUGUUACCAAGUGAGACAAAUAUUUGCUCAGAAACUUCACAAAGGGCUUUCUAGACUACGGCUGCCACUAGAAUAUAUGGCUAUUUGUGCACUGUGUGCAAAAGAUCCAGUGAAAGAGAGAAGAGCUCAUGCUAGGCAGUGCCUUGUGAAGAACAUAAAUGUCAGAAGGGAGUAUCUGAAGCAACAUGCAGCAGUUAGUGAGAAACUGUUGUCACUUCUGCCAGAGUAUGUUGUUCCUUAUACUAUACAUCUUCUAGCUCAUGACCCAGAUUAUGUCAAAGUUCAAGACAUUGAACAACUCAAGGACAUUAAAGAGUGUUUGUGGUUCAUACUGGAAAUAUUGAUGGCUAAAAAUGAAAACAACAGUCAUGCAUUUAUCAGAAAAAUGGUAGAAAAUAUCAAACAGACAAAGGAUGCUCAAGGACCAGAUGAUGCAAAAAUGAAUGAAAAACUCUACACAGUCUGUGAUGUAGCAAUGAAUAUCAUUAUGUCAAAGAGUACAACAUACAGUUUGGAAUCCCCUAAAGACCCUGUACUUCCAGCACGAUAUUUUACUCAACCUGACAAGAAUUUCAGUAACACCAAAAAUUAUCUUCCUCCAGAAAUGAAGUCAUUUUUCACUCCUGGAAAGCCCAAAGCAGCCAAUGUUCUUGGAGCAGUUAACAAGCCUCUUUCGUCAGCAGGCAAGCAGUCUCAAUCCAAAUCUUCACGAAUGGAAACUGUAAGCAAUGCCAGCAGCAGUUCAAAUCCAAGCUCUCCAGGAAGGAUCAAAGGGAGGCUUGACAGUACUGAAAUGGACCACAGUGAAAAUGAAGACUUCACACUGACUUCGCCGUUACCAGGGAAGAAAACUGACAAAAGGGACGACACUGAUCUUGUAAGGUCAGAGAUUGAGAAGCCUAGAGGAAGGAAGAAACCAGCUAUCACAGACUCAGAAGAGAAACUAAGCAUAGAUGACCUGAAUAAACUGGGACAAGAGCAGAAACUUAGAGGUAGUCAACGGGGAAGGAAGAGACCUGCAGUUGUUUCAGAAUCUGAUGAAACACAAUGGCAAGAGGAAAAAAGGCUAAAAGAUGAUGUAAUAGAAAGUGAGGAUGAACAGAACAGUCCACCAAAGAAAGGGAGAAGAGGACGCCCUCCCAAAGCAAAUAAUGGGGGAACACCAAAGGAAGAACCACCAGCAAAGUCAUCAAAAAGGAGCAAAAAAAAACAAACGCCAGCAGCAACAGUAGAAGAGGAGGAAGAGGAGGAGGAAAGGCAAACUGAAAACAUUGAACAAAAGUCCAAAGGCAGGCAAAACAGGACAACGAAAAGAACACAGCAGAGCCGUGCAGGACGUUCCAAACAAGCAGCCAGUAAGGAGAAUGAAUCUAGUGAAGAGAUGGAUGUAUUUCAGAGUACUUCACCUGUCAGUGAUGACAUUCCCCAGGAAGAAGUAACGGAAGAAGACGAAGUCUCCGCAAUCAAUGUGCGUCGCAGAACUUCGAAAAGGGAAAGGCGAUGAGUGAGCAUCUAGUUAUCGGCCUUCCAGGUGAAAGCUUUGAAGAAUGCUUUUAAUAUAAAGCUUGAGACUGAACGAAGCUGUUAGUGCACAAAUGGGGUUGCUGAAAAAAGACAAAGCCUAUUUUACUUUUACUGCCCCUGCAUUUGCAGUCCCUAGGUCACAAGCUUUAGCCACACACAUGUUGAUAUCAUUAACUGUGGAUUUUUGUGAAGUGUAAUGUGCGCUGGCUUUGUAGACAUAUGAACUAAAGAAGAAAACUGUAAAUAGUUCUUUUUUUAAUGUUUCUGACUUCUAAAGUGCUUGUAUAGCUUUUAUCUGCGGCUUUAAACUGACAGUGCCCCACUGUUUAUUGGAUCUAUUGAUUUAAAAAGGAACAGAGUUUGUUAAAAAUUGAUCUCAAGCAAUAUCUGUCAGUGUUCGUAUUUGUACUCUUGUUGACAUUUAACUGUGAAAAAAAAUCAGUUGAACAAAUAGUGCCACUUUUGCCACUAUUUGGUAAGAAGAAGAAGAAGAAAUGCAAUAGUGUUUGUUUCCUUCAUGAAUCUAACCUAGUGUUUACCUUUAGGCACCUACGUAUCAUCAGAGGUGCUAAAUUACUUUCUUUUACAGUUGAACAAUGUUGGAUAGAAUAAUACAAGAGAUGCAAAUUGUGGAAGAAGUUGUUUGACUUGUUUUACGCCUCAGUAUUGGUUCCAGACUUUUCUGGACUUCUAGUGGCAUUGAAAAUUCAAAAAGGAUUUAAAAUAUUAUAAUUUUAAAAGUGUGUUAUUAAAUAAUGUACUGAAUACCCUCCCCAUUUUAUCUUCCCCUAUCAGUUUUUAUUAAUCUACUGUAUCAAUAAAAUUCUGUAACUGAGUUUUUAAUAGUCUAGUAUGUUAAUGUGUAUAGAUAUUUCCUUCUGAACAUGAUGUUCACAAAGAGCAAAUUAUUACUACAUUAUAAUACGAAAUCUGAUAUAUAAACAUUAGUGAAAAUACAGUUCUUAUUACAAUGUAAAGUUAAUCACAAAGAAAAAUUUUAUUGAUGCAGUGUGUCUUUAUAAAGCUGUUCUUGAGAGCCAAGUGUUUUGUAUUUUAUAGUGAAGUUGCAUGUUUAUGAAAAAUGUGCUGAAAAUGGGAUGUAAUGUUUUUUUGGAAACUCGUAUCUAGCAGUAGUAUAUGGUAGGUUGCCUCAUGAGAGAACCUUCUAUUGAAAGUUUAUUGUACUUUUUUCUUUUUUUUUUUGUGAGCCAAAUUUUUUUGGUAUGAAGAGCUAAGAUUUUGUUGAAUGAUUGCAGUCAAGUUGUUGAUGAUUGCAGUCAAGGUAUUCAAGAUUUGAAUGAAGCUCCAUUUUUAUUUUAUGCUACCGUAGAGAAGGUUGUAUUUGUGUUUUUAGGUAUAAUCUGAAAAAAAAAAUGAAACAAAAUACUUAGUCAGUAUCCUGUAUGCAGUUUUACUGUUUACAAACUGUCUUUGAAAACCAAAAUGUAUAGGUUACUACACUAUGCUAAGCCAAGCACAUACUAUAAUUUCAGGUGCUGUUCUCCCUCCGGUUCCCAACCGUUGACAACAUAUGAAAAAAUCAAUUUCUAACUUACAAAAAAGUAAACUCAUUGAAUAGUGGAGCAUUUUCGUACAAUCCAUCAAGAAAUAUGUUAUAGUUGAAAGGUGGCCUGUGAAGAUUAGAGGGAAGGAUAAGACCGAAGCAAGGAUUUACCCAUUUCUGAACUAUGAUAUCACUAGUAAAGAAACCUUUAGACUUUUUCAUUAUGUAUUUUUCGUUACUGAUGUAAAAUUGUUUUAAACAACUAGAUUAUUCUGCCUCUGCUUAAUUCCCCCCUACACCCCAGUAUUCAGCUUUUCAACAUUUAUACCUAUAGGUAUGAGGGAAAUACUGCCUAAAAAGGCCAUUAUGGUUGGUUUGAAUUGACUUUGAAAUAGCUGGCACAACUGAACUGGCUUACUUAAGCUUCAGCAGUGCAAACACAAGUUGUUUUUUUAUUUUUGUUUGUUUGCUUUGUUUUGUUUUUCCUUUAUGGUAUAAAAUGAUUGAAAACUAGCUUUAUAUUUUCCUCUUUGACUGAAUUGCACUGAAAACAUUUAUGGAAGAUGUAUCUUUAAGUCCAUUUUAUACAAAAAUAUGAAAAAUUGAUGUUGAAACUGCUGCAGACUCUUGAGGCUUUAUGUGCAUAAACAUGGUUAGGUUAAACUUCAUCAAAUAUUGAUGCACAUUACUGAUCAUAAUGUUUAAUGUAAAUUUUAAACUAUAGUUUUGCAAUUUAAAUGUUGAUUUCUUGGGUUAUAAUGUGUAAUUCAUUAUUUCUUGAGAAAUAGACACAGCAAAUAUUUCAUUCUUAUAUUCAAACCUCUUCUAAGUUCAUUCUCAUCUCAUAAAGAAAAUGAAUAUUUUAUGUACUAACAUUUUGAGAUCUGCGUACAGUAGCUACAGUAGAGUAUAAUUAUGUAUAAAAGAUAAAUUGCUAACAUUCAGUUAGCAUGCUCUUCUGCAAUGAUAAUGUUAAGUUUAUAAAAAUGUACUGUAUUACAUUAAAAGAUCAAAUUGAACUCACUGUAACAAGUUCCAGUAUGAAAUUUUUAUGAGAUUGCCGAAGUAUCUUGCUGUACUUUGCAGCAAAUUAAGCUUACUUGUGUUAAAUUUCUUCUUCUUGCUGCAGUGCAACAGGAAACUUUCAGUGAUCUGUAGUUCAUAUGUAAAAUGCAAACAGUGACUGUAAUCUUCAUACUAGAAUAAUUCACUAUAAUUCCAGAAGCAUGUUUUUUUUUUUUUUUUACUUUUCACCAACUGAGAUUAUUAAUAUUUAGGAGUAGCUAAUCCACGAACAGGAAAGAAAUAAAUGAAAUUGCUUGACAGUUGUAGUGUAGGUACACCUUUUCCACCUAGGAUAAUCUGGAUUCCUAUAUUAAUUAUUUUUGACUCUGCCAAUUGACUUUAUUUUCUGGCAAAACUGAACCCUUUUUCAAAUAUUCUGUUGUUUGCUGUUUUGACAUUUCAACCUAUGUGAACAAAACCAGAAUUUACAAAAAAGCAUUCAUAUUAAAGACACUUCCACUGAAUAUGAAUAUGUUCAAUUUGUGACUAACUUGCAAAAAGCUUAGACUUGAAGAUUAAAUACUUCAUUUUGGCAUAGCAUUUGUCAUCUGGUGUUCUCAAGAAAACCCACUUCGUAGAGCUGUGAGUGCAUUUGUAUUGCUAUUGAUUAAUAUUUUGCACGUGUAGGUUUUGACACAUUAUCAAAGUCUGCUUUUGUGAGUGUAUACAGUAGGCUUUGGAUCCUGCAAGUUUACAUCCCUGUGGUUUUGUGGGGUUUAGUUCUUAAAAGCAUUUGUCAUGUGCAAAUAUAAGUGCAAAUCCACGUACAUUGAUAUGUUUCAAUAUCCUAACACUUCUGCAUACAGGACAUGUAAUGGAAAGGGAGUAUACAUGUAUAUUAAAACAUGUAUACCCCUGACAUACAAAAUUAUGAGUCUGUAGAUGGAAACGUUUCUGCAAACCUGUCUAUGUUUAAAAAAAACAUACAUAUUUUGUAGAGAUUGAUGUAUCUCUACCUCAUCAAGGUAGGUGCAGUACAUACUUUACAAAGAAUUUUUGAAAUAUAUACAUUCAGGUAUACCACCCCAUACUUGUCUAAGGUAUGUCUACAAACACGUGAUUAAGACAAGUACUUGAUGGCCAUUAUUCUUCUGUUAGACUGCUGGCUCUUUGUUUUUACCAUUAUGAGGACCCAAAAUGAUAAAGUUGACCUAACCAAGACCAGCCAUCCAGCAAGAGGAACAGAUUGUUUUUAAUUUCCUGUUGUGCUUACAGGUUGUCACUCCAGUCUUUGCAUCUUUGUUGGAUGUUGCCUUCACAGAUGCCUGCUAAUUUUGGUGCAAUUUCCUAAUGCUGGCAGAAGUGACUUACAUUAUAUAGACAUAAAUAGAAUUCCUGCUGUGUCAAGAGGUUUGUCCAACAUAUUUAGGACACUUGCUUCAUUACGUACAUUACAGCUUCUGUUGCUUGUGGAAAAGUAAGAAGCUGAAUGUUGGCAAGGGGGAUAGAAAUACAGGGGGGAAAAAAAACUAUUUGCUUUGAAUUUCUUCAAUUUCUGCUAUCUAAAAAAUUUGCCCUCUGCACAAAGUUCACCAAGUGCCAUUAUAUUUGUAUAGGCAGGAUAAACAUAGUAUUAUACAGUGUGUGUAUGGAGUAACUGAAAGGUUUCACAUUUGACAUUUUUUUCAGUGCCUCACUACAGUCACAGUCUAGUUCACAGUAGCACAUUUGUUUAUGUAAUGAUCUAUGUGGGUUUUUUUUUUGAGAUAGCAGCAUCAUAUCAUAUCUAUGUAAGAAGGAAGAAAGGCUCUCAAAUACACAUUUCCAAUCCCACAAAUCAGUAUUGCAGUAACCAUGUGAUAAGUUUAGAAUUAGCUUUAACAUAUAUAAUGUCUUUGGAGGGUAACUAACAUCUCGUAAGGUGUUUUAUUUGACUAGGUGCGUUUCUAAUACUUGUAUCUUACCUCACAUGUAUAGAUAAAAAGGAAGGAGUAUUUUGAAAAUCCAAUCAGUAUUAUUGAAUACAUUUCCUGCUUAGUCAGAAGUAAUUUUAGUAUUAAAAAGGAAAUUGUUUGCAGUUCACAAUUUUGUUGUUUCUGAACAGAUCCAGAGAACUAAAGGUUUUAGAUACUUGGUUUGAUAAGACUCAGUAUUGUUGGAUUUUUUUAAAUUUUCUAGACAAGAUACAAUCACUCCAGUUAUGACAUUCAGUAUAACAGAAAAUGUGAGCUCAGUAAGUCUUAGUAGUAGUAAUUUCUGGUAUUAUAAUACAGAAGAAAAUGUUAGAAUGAAACAUUCUUCCCCUAAAAUCUUUAAUAUGUUGAAAAGACAUACUGAUAAUGUAAGAUGGCUUUCUUCUAAAGUUACAACAACUUGAAAUAGUGUGGUUGGGAACAUCUUCGGAUUUUUUGGUAGAUAUAUUUAAAGCUUACAGAUCUGUGUUUUUUUAUGGUAGGUUUAUAUUCAGCAAAAUUAAAUUAUUGUAAACUGAAGAUAUUUUGAGGAACAGAAGAGUUUUGAAUCCAUACCUAAUAAAAAAGUAAGGUUAAUUUUAAGUAGUGAGUUUUUUUUUUAGCCGUAUCUAUAUAUGCAGUAACAUAUUACAUGAAUCUGGUGCCCACCAACAUUUCUCUGGAGCCGUUGACCUACCACAUACUGAAAGGCAGUAGAAAAUGCCUUUGUGUGUUCCCUAAACGGCAGUUGCUGUUGUCCUUCCAUAAAUGUUACUUUCAAAAGAUAAGAGCUGGAAGAGGACGAGAGAGAAAGGUGACGGUUUUAUUUACCUUCCGUUUAUCUUGUGCUGUAUUACAUGCAGCUUAGGUGAGUGAGAAAUUAGUGUAGGUGUGUUGAGUGAAAAAUAGGAUGUUAGAAAUGAGUUACUAAUUUGAAAGGUGCUACAGAGCUGACUAAAGGGUAGGGAAUCAACAGAUGAAUGAGAUGGGAAAGUAGUUACUCGAUACCAGUUGGCCAGUGAUAGGAGUCUUCAAUUCAAGCUGAAAGCCUUCAUGAGGGAAGCUAAGUUAGUGUUCUUUUAUUUACUGUUAUUUUUUAAGAGAGAGCUGUGGGUAUGUUGCUUUCAUUGAUUUGGAGGAAGAGGUAGUUGGAGUGUUGAAAUAUGUGUAAAAACACCCAUAGAAUUGAGACUAGUGCUCAAGUGGUGCCUAGUGCAAAGUGAGGUGGGUAGUUGCUACUGAGGCCAAAUUUCAUUUGUAAGGGAUUUGAAAUAAUUACAAACAGGCAGAUUCUAACCUCCAUAGGUGGGAAGGUAAGAUAACGAAUCAUCCAUCUCAACGCAUUGCUGGAAAUCAGGAAACAAGAACUCUAAAAGAUACCAAAUUGUGCACCUGUAAGCAUUGUUGCACUGUAGAUAGCAAUGAUCAGUAAUGGUGUCCUCUAUGUGGCCUCAUGAAAUCUUUCAACUUGAGCUCUUUUCUUAGCAGUUUUUUGUGAAACCCUGAUCGUCCAGUCAUCUUUACAUUUCAGUAUGCCUUCUUAGCAGCCUGGAAUGAUCCUGCCCUCCCAUCGUAUACCUCACAUAUAUAAUGCCCUGUACUAGAUGCCCUGUGUCUUAUCCCUAGUCAUUGCUACUUUCUGGUGCCUUCAGUGGGCCCCACCAGCCAAGUUUCUGAAUCUUCUAACUCAUUUGUUGUGAAGGAAAUGCAGCUAUCGUGCUGCUUGUUUCACAGCCAUCAAGUUGUGAAACAAAAGCAGCCAUCUGACUACUGCCCCAUAUUGGAAAAGGUGCGUACAAGCUCUGCAUUUGAACUAGAGAACUACUAAAUGAACUGCUACAUUUUAUCUCUGUUUCCCAUUGUCUAGUGAAGAAAGCUCUUCCCGAGGUUGUAGUAAAUCAAAAUUGUGAAACCAUCUUCCAAUAUAGCCAGCAUUAUCCAAUGAAAUGGCAAGUAAGGACUACAUAAGUAGCCAAGUUUGGUUUAUAUCGUGUUUUGUAUUUGGGAGAACAAAAGGAGGAAUAAUUUGGAGGGAUGUUGGGCAGAAGUUCAGUUCAAUUCUUGCUGCUUGUCUUAGGGAAGAAGCAAGUCCUUGAUACAAAUGUGAAAGAAAAAUGAAGAUUUCGCAGUAGGAGAGAUCAAGUUUUGCCAAACCGUUUUCUUGGGUUCAUGGAAGGAAUAAGAAAAGUUACUCAUAAAAUAUCUAUCACUUCAGAAACUUUUAAUGAUUAUGUGCUUGGGUACUAUCCUGACCAACGUGUGGAGAUGAGUUAUAGGAUAUUAAUUCCGCUUGGGGUAGCGUUUUAAUCUCCACAUGGAUCUAAAAUUGAAUUUUGUUUUCUCUGUCUUAAGCUGCUCUGCUGCUUGUAUUGGUUGUUUUUUGAUAUAACUGGUAUUUCGUAUUAGAUCAGUAUCCGUUACCCUCUUUCCUUUUUUGUAUUUAUCCAAAAUAAGGAAACGAGACUGCCAUAACAUAGAACUAGUGUCUCUAAGGGCUAACAUACUGAGUUUAGAUCAAAUCCUCAGUGUAUCAGGAGAACAUUUUAAAUCCAUACUUAAUUCACUGAUUUAUUCAAAACCUGUGACUAUCUUGUCAGUUUUUUAUGCUACCAUUUGAUACUGAAUUUGGAACAUAGUUUUCUCUUGUAUUGUUUUCUGUUUAUGUAAGUUGGGAUAAAAGAGACAAUUGUGAUCUACCUACUAAAAACAUAUAUGUA